AGCGGGGGUCACUGCUGCUGCUGCCAUCACUACCUGCUACUGCUGGCUGCUGCUACUGCUGCUGCUGCUGCUGCUGCUGUAUCAUCCACUCCUGCUGCUCUGGCUGCUCUCCACCAUCACUGACAACACUCGCUCUCCUCCCCUACAAUGGCCAAUGCGGCUGAGAGAGAGGAAGCAGAUAUGGACAUUAACUCGCCAGAACAAGCAGCAGAGAUGGAUGUUGGUACUACCCCAGAGUUGGACCAUCACCUUGACACUACUCCUUGCCAAGUUGACAAAUAUCUGGACUUUGUUGCUAUAAAUAAAAAUGGGCACCUCCUCAUGGGAAGCAGCAGUUUAACUGGACGAUAUUGGGGAGGCUCCAUAUGGUACUAUGAUGAUGUAGCACUUGCUCCACAUGUUGAGAAAUGUCUUGUUGGAUAUGAAGUUGGCUCUGGAGUGGCUGAUGGGGCAUUUGUUGAUGACAGCACAAUAAUAAUAGGACAGGAUUGUGGUUCGGUAGAGUUUCUGUCAAUAUCUACUGAGAGUACUGGAGCAAUGAUGACAAGUAUGUGUCGAGUUGAAGAGCAUCUUGAUGCUGUCAUCUGUGUACAGGUUACAUGUAAUAGAAAAACUGCACUUACUGGAUCUACAGAUAUGAGUAUAAGGAUGUGGGAUUGCCAAACUUCAAAUGUUGUUCGCCUUUUAUCACUGGCACACUCGCAACAAGUGACUGGACUAUCUGCUCAUCCAUCAGAUGAUCAGUUGUUCCUCUCAUCAGGAAUGGAUGGGAAUGUUCUUCUUUGGGAUUUAAGAUGUCAGAAGCCUGCAUCCUGUGAGUAUAUAUUACCCCUGGCAUACAGCACCAACAUGUGGUAAUUAAAAAAAUGUAGG